UUGGAGAGGUUUUGAGGGUUUGUUCGUGUUUUGGAGUGCAAAAAUUUGAAAUAGACUGCAAAAAUCAUACUGAAACGGAGGUUUCCGAAAAGAUCUGAAGAAUAUGAGUUGGGGACUUCGUCCGGAAGGAUAUGGAGAACCUUUCUAUGGGGAUGAGGCAGGAUUUUCUAUUCAAAUGUACCACAAUGGUGAAAUAAGAGGUAACUAUUAUGUGAAUGGGUCUGUGGAUUGGUUUGAUUAUUGUGAUAAAGAUAGAAUGUCAAUGACUGAGAUAGAUGCCAUGGUCAAGGAGUUAGGGCACGAAGGUUUGAUUAACUACUGGUACAGUAUUCAAGGUGAUAGUUUUGAUGGUGGCCUAGUUAAGCUGAGUGAAGAUACAGAUGUCUUAGACAUGCUAGUAUUUGUGCCUGACACUAGGGUGAUAAAUAUAUUCCUAGAACAUGUCUUGGCAUGCACUCAAGAGCAGUUUUACAGUCAAGUGGGUUCAAACAUAUUUAUAAAUUUGGAUGAUGAAUUUGGGACCAACAGUGGGGUAGUGAUUCAAGAGCUUGAUGACAAUUGUGGUGCCAUUGUUCCAGUGGGUGGGGGAGUAUCCCAGGUGCAAAAGGUGAAAAAAACAAGUGUUGUAAUAGAAGAGUUGAAUGAAGAAGGGUUGAAUGAAGAAGCAUGUGGAGAAGGCAAAGAGUUGAAUGAAGAAGGGUUGAAUGAAGAUGGCUUGAAUGAAGAUGGCUUGAUUGAUGAAGCUUCUAAACAAGGCAAAGAAAAUGUCACUGUGAAUAAUGAGGAGAAUUCUGACAAGGGCAAAGAAAAGCCAAGUCAAGGUUGUUCUGAUAAAGGCAAAGGCAAGGUUGAUGACAUGUCACAUAGGGUGAAGCGUGCAUUUGGUAAAAAAAGAAGUGGCAGUUUGAGGAGGACAAAGACUGUUCACCAUAAAGACAAAGUUGUGGAAGGAAGGGUUGAUGGCUACAGGACCGAGUUUCAAAGGGAUUCCAUGAUGUUGAGAAGUGGAAGAAGUUUGGCAAAUGCUGCAAACUUUGAAGGCUUGGAUGAUGAUGCUUCUGAUAGUGAGGACUCAGAUUAUAUGAUUCCCAAGAACUUCAGUGAAGAUGAAGAUGAAGAUGAUGUUUUUUUUUAUGAAUGGGUGGAUGACCAAACUGAAUGGACAGGGGCUAAAGAAACUGGGAAUGAGGCUGCUCCUGAUUGGCCUACAGAUGUUGAAUUGGAUUCUGACGAUUCUGAGUGCAGGGAUUAUGCCAAGUAUAAUUCUGAUGAGGAAGUUGAUAAGAAUUGGCCAGAGUUCAAUGCUGCAACUGACAUGGCAGAUCCAAAGUUUGAGAUUGGGCUGUUGUUUAGUGAUUGUAAGGUGUUUAGGGCAGCUGUCAGAGAGUACUCCAUCUUGCAGAAUAGGGAUGUAGUGUUUAUUAGGAAUGAGGCUUUGAAGCUGAAGGCAGUUUGUGGGGACCCAGAUUGUGAGUGGAUGAUAUAUGCUUCAAAAAUGCAACAUGAGAACACAUUGCAAGUGAAGACAUAUGUAGGUGAGCACACAUGUACACAGCUAUGGGAGAACCCUACUGUGAAGUCAACAUGGAUAAGCAAGAAAUAUGUUCACAGUUUGAAGUCCAAUCCCCAGUGGCCAGUGAAGUCAUUCAAGGAGACUGUUGAGAAGGAUUAUAAUACAGGGGUGUCAAGACAACAAGUGUAUAGGGCAAAAUAUAAGGCACUAAAGCUGAUUGAGGGCAGUUUCAAUGAACAAUAUUCAAGAGUUUGGGAUUACUGUGAGGAAUUAAGGAAGACUAACCCAGGAACCACAGCAAUGGUUAAGUGUGAUUUCCAACAACAAGUGGGGCAACCAAAGUUUCAAAGGUUGUAUGUUUGUUUAGGAGCUGCUAAGGAAGGCUUCAAAGCUGGGUGCAGGCCUAUUAUAGGUUUAGAUGGGUGCUUUUUGAAGAGUGUUUAUGCAGGGCAACUGUUAACUGCUGUGGGUGUAGAUGCCAAUAAUGAAACCUGGGUAAUUGCUUAUGCAGUUGUGGAAUCAGAGUGCAAGGAAUCUUGGAUUUGGUUUCUGGAGCUAUUGGUUAAGGAUUGUGAGAUUGUGAAUCAAUUUGGCUUCACCUUUAUAUCCGACAAACAAAAAGGUUUAGUACUUGCUUUUGAGCAAGUGGUCCCUAAUUGUGACCACCGGUUCUGUGCAAGACACCUGUUUUCCAACUAUAGGGUGCUUUUCAAAGCAAAAAGCCUCAGAGACAAGUUUUGGGAAGCAUCAUAUGCAACCACUGUCCCCCACUUUACAAGGGCCAUGGAAGACCUGAAAAAACUGUCAAAGGAUGCAUAUGAAUGGCUAACCACUCCAGAUAAACCUCCAAGGCAUUGGUCCAAGUCACACUUCAACACUCAUUUGAAGUGUGACAUGUUGUUGAAUAAUCUUUGCGAGUCCUUCAAUGCUACCAUAUUGGAAUGUAGGGAUAGACCAAUUCUGUCAAUGUUUGAGUAUAUUAGAUGUAUGCUGAUGAGGAGAAUACAAGCAAGAAGGGACAAAAUGCUGACAUGGAACAAGCCUAUCUGCCCAAGGAUAUUUAAGAAGGUGGAGGGAAAUAAAGCCAAGGCAGGUGCUUGUGUGGCAAUGUGGUCAGGUGGAGGUAAAUUCCAAGUGUCAGCUGGUGGCCAUGCACAAUAUAUUGUGGACUUGGAAUUGAGAACUUGUUCUUGUAGAGCUUGGGAUUUGCAGGGAUGGCCUUGUGUUCAUGCUAUUGCAGCCAUAAAUUAUAAAGGGGGUCUUAAUGUCAUGGAUUUUGUGGAUGACUGCUAUUUGAAAUCAACUUACUUGAAGACAUAUGAGAAUCUCAUACUGCCUAUGAAUGGGAUGGAUAUGUGGGAUAAGAGUGACUUUCCACCAUGUCUUCCUCCGUCUUACUCUACACAGCCUGGAAGGCCAAGAAAAUGUAGAACCAAAGAACAGGAAGAGCACAAGGGCAAGAUGAAGAUGAGAGCAUCAAGAAACCAAUCUGAAACUGCAUUGUCUCGCAUUCCUAACACACAGGACUCUCUCAAAUGUGGGCAAUGUGGUAAAAAAGGGCACAAUAAGAGGACUUGCCAUAGGAAUCUUCCCCCAAAAGCUAAACCUGCAACUAAGAGGAAGAGGGGUACUGAAAAUACCCAGACCACUCCAUCUGACGCAUCCACUCUAGCUGGUGAUCCAAGCACCCUAAAGCAAAGAUCCAAGCCUCCAAGGCGUGUGCAAAAAGGGAAGCCAAAACCAACUAAGAAAGGACAUGCCACUUCUGAAGCACAACCAGCCUCAACUUUGCUUCCUCAUGCAUCAACUUCUGUUUCAACUGCAGGAUCAAAUGUUGUACAUUGA